AUGGCUUCUUCACGAGUUAAAAGUACUCUUUCUUUAUUUCAGAAGGAAAAAAAAUACCAAUGGCCUAACCCGGAAUCUUCCAUUGGAAAGUUCUGUGGGACAAAGAAAGGCAAAUACACAUAUAAACGUUGUUGGAAAGCUGUCGGUCCAGCCCAGGAAGCCUUGAGCCAGGUCGCAACCGAAAUUGAUGAGCUUCUUGCUGAAAAAUGCGGCCCGGUACCGAGUUCUUGUUUGGUUCAAUUCGAUAUCUUCAUGAUUGGGGCAAAACCUGCCACUGCAGUUCCUUACAUCAUGUUCUCAUGCACGAGAUAUGGGCCACGGAAAGAAGCUCUUACUGUUGUUCAAAAAUCAGAAAUUUUGAAUCGCUGCCCGCGAGGAAUCGAGCUGGGCCAGUGGGACAAACCUCCUACUAUCCAGAAUUUACAACCCCUGGGAUCUUCUACGGAAUCCGUAGGAACCGGCGAAAUCACAGGAAUGUCUCGUGUCCAUCUGUCUCCCGUUUUCGAUAAUAAACCGCCGUGGAAAUUUUCGGCAAUGCAAUUAAAACUGUAUUCUUCCCAUCAUAACUCCGAAUAUUUAUCCAGGGGAACGGUCGGAAGUAUCCUCGAGAUUGCUGACAAGCGCUUCUACGUGGCGCCUGCACACAUCUUCUCGGAACGCAAUUAUUCACCGCAUAUGAUGUCAGAUGAUGAUAUCCAAGAGGGUGACAGUGAUUGUGAAUUCUGUGGUUUUGAUGAUGAGGAUGAAAGAAUUGCCGAAGAAGAUGAAGUUGAGUUCUUGAGCCAAUACAGUGUCACACCCGACUCUAGUGAUAUCGAAACUGAGUCGAAUCCCGACGACGAAUAUUAUUCUUCUGAUUCAGAAUAUGAAGAUUCUCCAUCUGUUCAGUACCAAGAAGAAGAGCCAGUUCUCAACACUGGUUCUAGUCUCAUAGCAGAUUUAUCGCCCUUAAAAACAGACGAUACUGCCGACCUGCUUCAUAGAGUCAGCCUCGACAUUAUGAUGCCAUGCAUCACAUCAAUAGAGCUCGAUUUCUCACUGAUUGAGGUCAACAAGAACGACCAUAUCACAGAAAUGCUUCCUACCUUUUCACGCUACAAUGUGUGUAAGGUUGGUCCUGGAGAUGUUGAUGUUACGGCAAUGACAGGUUCAGGCGAACUCUUGACUGGAAUUUUAUCUGGCAGGCCAGUAUACACCCGCCUUCCCAACACUAGAAAAUUCCAGGAAACUUUCGAAGUCGAGAUUUCAGGACGUCUUCAGCCCGGCGACUGUGGCUCCAUCGUGCGAAAUGCCAGGACGGGUGAUAUCUACGGGCACAUAUUUGCAGGCUGCGUUGAGUCCAAAAUCGCAUAUAUCAUUCCUGCAGUGAACGUCCUGGAAGAGAUAGAGCGGAUUUUUAAUGUGUUUCCCGGGUCCAACCAGGCUAUGGAAAUAAUACCACAAUGCUCACUUCCAGACGCAGAUUCGGAUACCAAGGGAGAACAUGCCGCAAGUGAAGACCUAUUUGAGCUAACUGACAAAGACGCGUGUGACUCUAUUCCUCGCAUGCUAGUAGCCAGCAAAAGGGUUCUUACUUACGAAGACUACACCAUUUGGAUCAGCUCUUUAUAUUCAGAGGAUAUAGAGGUUGACGCUGCACGGUCCAUGCUCGAUGAAGUGCACGAUGCCCUUCCUCAGCUUCCCGGAGAACCCCAUUCAUACACGCUGGGAAGUAUAGGCGACCACAAUGUCGUAAUCGCGUGCACAUCUGGUGAUUCGGCGGCGACUUCCCAGAUGCUCUCAACAUUCCCCAACAUUCGUUUCUGUUUCUUGGUGGGUACUGAUAGCAGUCUACCUACCACCCGUCCUAGUGAUAUUCGACUUGGGGACGUUGUGGUCAGCAUGCGAUGCAAUUGUCACGGUGGGGGAAUAAAAUAUAAUUUUGGAAAGACAUAUAGCAUCGGUCGUGCUCAGAAAAAGGGCUUGUUAGAUGCACCACCAGAAACUCUUCUGGCAGCAGUCUCUCGCUUACAGGAGGCGUACAAGACGGGGGAUGCCCAAGUUUCACCCUCUCUCUCCAGACUUACUUCAAGACCCACAGCGGAGGAGGUGCAAUUCAAAGAUCCAAGUGAAGGAACCGGGCAAUGGCUCGAAGCAGAUCAAAAACACAAGCAUUCAGAAGAACAACUUGAAGAGUGCGAGCAUUGCCAUAACGAUAUACGGACCAUACAAUGUUGUCACCGAUGCAAUGGUAAACCAAUGAUCCAUUAUGGCCUUAUUACGUCGGGAAAUCAAGUGACGAAAGACUCAGACAUCCAUAACCUCUUCGAAGAAAUCGAGAAAAGGACGAAGUCUUAUGCUUCGAGAUGGAAGUAA